AUGCUGGCCCCAAGGUUCGGCCCUUUCGCCGCCGCCGGCAGCGCCGCGCCGCAGAAGGACGUCGCGGAUCGUGACUCGUAUCUCCGCGCUGUUAUUGGCGCGCUGCCUCCGGUUGCACCGGCAGCACGACCGCCACCGUCACCGGACUCCCCCCGUACCCCACCUGCCGCCUACGGCAGCUCCCUCCUCAACUACGGCGACGCCGUCCACCCCCACCACGUCCCGGAGCAGAAGCCGGUGGCGCCGUUGCCACCUCAGGAGAGCGAACCGGCGCAAGGAGGCGCCGAUCACCCGGUGGUGGUCACCAAUAACAACUCGGCGACACGGCCGCAGCUGUGCGAGCCCUACGACGACGAUAUCGAUGCCACCCUCCGUGCCAUGGAGAGGAACACAAAGGAGCGGCCCUCGCCCCACUUCCUGGAGAUGAUACAGCCUGGCUAUAUGACUGUCGAGGUGCGCACCUCGAUGAUCCGCUUCAUGGCCGGUCUAACCAAGCAACAAGACCUUGCCGCCGGCACGCUCCACCGCGCCGCCUACUACCUGGACCGCUACCUGUCGGUGACGCCCCAGUCGGACGACAGGAUGCGGCUGUGCCUCGUCGGCGCCACGGCUGUCUUUCUCGCGGCAAAGUACGAGGACCGGUCCACCGUGAGCAAGCUCAACGCCAGCGCGGUCGCCACCUACUGCGGGUACAUCGGCGAGACCCGGAACAGGCUGGUGGCGUGCAUGGAGAAUGAGAUCCUCACCGCGCUCGACUACAACCUCAGCGGGCCGACGGCGUACACGUUCGUGGAGCACUUCACGAGGUACUAUGGCCAGGAAAUGGAGGACCAGGUCGUGCAGCAGGCGGCGCAUCGGCUGGCCGAAUCGACGCUGCACGACUACGGCUUCCACCGCUACCUGCCGUCCGUCGUGGCGGCGUCGGCGAUCUUCCUGGCCAGGCUGCACGUCCUGUGCGAGCGAUGGAGCAAGGAGCUCGAGAGCCUCACGGGCUACAAGGCCAUCGAGUUGAUGGACUGCGUGUGCAACAUAUACAACCGCAUUCCAAAUCCUAGGUUCCAACUCUAUCGAGAGUACUUCUUGGAGGAUCCAUAG